AUAAUAAAUACACAUAAGUAGAGCUCGUACAUUAGAAAUUGAAUAAAGAGCGCAACGGUGAGACCGCGUGACGUAUUACGUAGAGCGCUCGAUGGCCAAUUGACCAGCAUCACCCUAGUAUGGAGCAGCUCUAAUCGCGAAUGGAUUGUAGCGUCGACACUUGGCAGCAUUCAGGACGUUCAGGAUUACGGGCUGUCACAGUGUGCAGUUGCGCGUGUUUUAUACAUUCGCUCCAUUCGCUCAGCUGUUCCGUUCAGAAGCGAUCACGGCAGAUCACGGUCCGUCCGAUUGCACAAAUUUUCGAAGUAUUCGUGUUACUAUUUUUAGUGCGUCGUUCUGGUACGAUUCCCGCAGAUUUUUGCUGCGUAAGAGUAUGUUCUUUGCUUUCUGAUCGGGUCGAUACGGACAAGCCAAGUGUCCUCACCGAUUCCGCUGACUCCGUUCGCGGUUAUCAGAAUUUUUUGACACUAAUCCAGAAUCAAUGCGCCCUACAAAUUGACGCUCCGUUUAAACCGUAACGACUGGGAGACAACCAUGAAGAAGACACGCUCAAACAUAUUCCGUGACAUAUAUUAUCAGCCUUACAAUGAUUACACAAGGGUCAAACUUUAUUCCAGCAGCAAAGCGAGUCUUCAGAUGAUGCAGCGUAUGGCAUUGCUGAAGAGAUUGGAAGUUCAUAGUGGUUGUGUAAACUCUGUCUGUUGGAAUGCUACUGGAGAUUUAAUAUUAUCUGGCAGCGAUGAUCAACAACUCGUUAUCACAAAUGCUUAUAAUUACAAGCUAGUAACAGCUUACCAGACGCCUCAUAGAGCAAAUAUAUUUAGUGCGAAGUUUUUACCUAACAGCGGAGAUCAUCGAAUACUUUCAUGCAGCGGCGACGGCAUUAUUUUGUAUACAGAUUUAAUGAGAUUCGGAAAACUGUUUUAUAAUCAAUUCAAAUGUCACGUCGGUACCACUUACGAGAUAGCGACAAUACCGAACGACCCACAUAACUUUUUAAGCUGCGGAGAGGAUGGAACCGUGAGAUCGUUUGAUCUCCGAUUUCAUCACCAAUGCAUGAUACCAAGAUGCAAGAGGAACAUAUUAAUCUCGUGCGACAAAGCUGUAACCGCUUUGUCUGUAAAUCUCGCCGCGCCUUAUUACAUAGCGAUAGGUUGCUCCGAUAGUACUGUUAGAAUAUUCGAUAGAAGAAUGCUUGGAACACCGCCUAUUGAACGGACAGAAUCGCCUCGAAUGGGAAGAUCCGUGUGCACUUUUACCGUUCCAGAGUUCGAAGGAAAUUCUUAUAGAAUCACAUCGUUGAAUUAUAGCGCGGAUGGGCAGGACGUUCUCGUUAGUUAUAGCAGUGAUCACCUAUACUUGUUCAACGUAAAGGACCAAGCUAGUGUACAGUUAAAGAAAGAUAUCCCAUGUAGUAAAGGGGAUAGCAAGAAGAAGUUACGCUCGACGCUAUCGGUGCGGAGAUUAAGACUUAGGGGUGACUGGUCUGACACUGGUCCCGACGCUAGACCGGAAUGCGAAGGUGGUCGACGCAGCGGCACAGAAAUCGCUCAAGCCAGACCUCUUCUCCAUACUUCAUUGAUGCAGAGAAUGACCAAUGUCCUAAGUAGAAUGUUAAGCGAUCCAGCGACCAGAGCCGCAUUAUGCGGCGGCGGCGAGGAUAGUUUGGAAGGCGUGAUCGAUCAACAAGAUAACGCUCAGAAUAACAACAACGAUAGCGUCGGCGAAUCUAGCGAAGAAAGACGAGACAACGAAACCGAGAGAGCUCUGACGCAAUCGAAUCGAGAAGCUGAGCAACAAAUGGAGAGCCCCAGUACCAGUGGCUUGCAAAGGAGACCCGAAACGAGUAGUUCCGCGGCAAUGGAUAUGGACGUCGCGUCGGACGAAGCGAUUCGAACGAGCGAUCAGAGCUCGUCGCAGUCAUAUGUUCCUAUGGAAACCGAAUCUAGUCAAAUAAGAACAGAAACGUGUUCUAUACAACCGUGUUCAUCGCGUACUGCGGAUCAAACUAAUGAGAUCCGAGAAGACGAUCAAAGUAGCAACGACGAUUCUCCGUGCAGCAGUAUGGAAAAUAAACAGGAAGGGCACAUGAUGGAGAAUCUUCAAGAUAGACUGACGAAAAUGCGUGUCGGGUUCCUUGAAAAACAUGGUAGUGAACCUGCUGUAAGUUUAACUUAUACGGAUAAAAGUUCAACGAGCGCUACGAUAGCUCUCGGCGUAGCCGAUGAGAUGACUCGUGACGCGUAUCACGCGGGACCAUCUGGUAAUAGCGGAACGUUCUCGGGUAUAAAUCACGAUAUACACAUGCGACACAACGACCUGCAAGAAAAGACUGAUGAAAACGCUUUUAUUGAUAGCGAUGACGAAGAUACACGAUCGGCAGAAAGAUUAAUCGGCUCGGCGGAGACAGAAAUGGACGAGGCCAUGGGUGACUCUCGGUCACGUCGGGGAUCCGAUGAGUUCGAUAAGACAUGGGUGUCGGAGCUUCGCGUGAAACAGAAAUACAUGGGACACCGUAACGCUAGUUUCUUUAGGACUAUGAUCAAGGAGGCGAACUUUUGGGGCGACGAUUUCGUGAUGUCAGGCAGCGAUUGCGGCCACGUGUUCGUUUGGGAAAAGGAGACGGCGAAGCUGUGCAUGCUGCUCGAAGCUGAUCAACACGUGGUCAAUUGCGUACAACCUCAUCCGUAUCUGCCGUUAUUGGCCACCGCCGGCAUCGAUUACGAUGUCAAGCUCUGGGCACCGAUAAACGAGGACUCGAGUUUCGACGAGAAGUUCGCAGAAGACCUGAAAAAGAGGAACGCGAUCAUGUUGGAGGAAACGAAAGACACAAUGACCGUACCGGCUGUUUUUAUGAUCAGAAUGCUGGCAUGUCUCAAUCAGAUACGCAGAGCAAGCGAACUAAGACACGGUACGGAAAGGACGCGGUCGGAACAGGAGGAGGAGCCGCGACGAGACCGGCGAAUUACGAGGUGGCUAAGCCGUUUCCGGCGAUACUGCCGCCUAUGAGGAUCUGAGAUUCCAACCGAGCGCAGUAUUUUCGAUCGGGCCGAUCUUUUAUCAACUGUUAACGCCGGCUGAUUACAGAUUUCAGUCCGUCUGUCCCCACUCUUGCCACACCCCCCCGCAAGUGAUAUCGUAUGAAGUAAAAACGGAGACGGGAAAAAAAGCAAUCAGUAUAUUUAUCGUUGAUAGAGUAAUUCACGGUUAAUUAUAAGUAUAUUUAAUCUGGUAAGCUUCGCGUAUCGUAACAUUAUCGCCGCUGGUGAUAAGUCGCUUGUUUCUUCAAGACUUUUCCUCUCGUUGCUUCUUUUCCUCCGAUUCCGUUUACACAACGCGUUUCGAUUCUGCGAACGCGUCCGAGGUAAUCGUCUCUAGACUUAUCGGGGAAUACGAGAUUGUUUCGUUCGGAAAAAAAAAUAAAAAUACUAUAUUAAAUAAUAUUUUGUACCAGAUUUCGGUAUCGGGUUCGGUUCUUCGAUUGGAACCGUUAAUUGAAAAUCUAAGUAAAGUGCACUUCUAGUAGUUCCGAACAUAUGUAACUCCAAUUAAGCGAUGAUUGAGCAGGAACGCUUCGUUCGCCCCUUGUUAAAUGAGCCUUAGAACGCGUAAUAAAGUGCCGUAAUAUAUAAAUAUCUCGUUCCAUUUAAGAACUCGAACCCUGACAUUUUAUUUUCCCGACGAACGGAACAACUUGCUACUCUCCGGAACGAUUGCACGCGUACAUUUACUCAAUAUACGUCCCCCUUUUUGUUGAUUUCGUUUCGCAUCCGACGCAAAAUGUCGCGAUCUUUUUUUUAUGUCCCCCGCGUUUCUUUUCUCUUCCGUGUGAAACGAGGCUUCAAGCUUAACGAAGAUUAACAAUUAUUUUUUAGCAGACUUAUCGAGAUUAUGUAGGACGUAGCACGCCGUUGAAGUGUGUUAACGUAGGGACACUUGCGACGUAGACGUAGAGAUUGGAAAAUAAACCGGUGAAAACGAGACGAUUCUUCUAGCGAAGAUUCCCCUCAGGGGAGAACCUCGUUGUAGGAUACCACGGUGUAUCGGUUCAGAUGAUUUAUUUCUAAUAAAAAUUCUGAAGAAA